AUGAGUUAUCAAGUACUCCUGAAUGUGCGCGGGGAAAGAUAUCUAACUACCACGAAAACGCUUAGAAAUUGUCCGGAUACGAAUGACAAAAGUCUUUUCCUGAAGCUUUCUAUUCCGCGCACGGGAGAGCUCUAUCUCGAUAGAGAUCCAGAACUUUUUCAAUGUAUUUUCCUUUAUUUGCUGGAUGGAAAACUUGUGUUGCGAUACUACGACGACCUCUUAAUCGAAAUGCUUCAAGAAGAAGCAGAGCAAACGAAGAAACUAAGUAUUCUGAAAACACGGACUAUGAUAGCUAGGCUGUACAAGAAUGUGGUGGCACCGGUUUUAUCUUUUGGAAUUUAA